GUGAAGUAUGAUGGAGCCAAGAAGCAAAAUGAGAAUCUCUUUCUUCAUUGUUAUGUUCAUACUACAAUCGCGCAUGUUACCUUUUUCACAUUCGAAGUCAAUCGUGAAAAACCUCCCUGGCUUUUCAGACGAGCUUCCAUUUACACUUGAAACCGGUUAUGUUGGAGUCGGAAAAGACGAAGAAGUGCAAUUAUUUUACUACUUUGUGGAGUCUCAAAGAAAUCCGCAGAAAGAUCCGUUGCUCCUUUUUCUCACCGGUGGUCCCGGAACUUCCGGCCUUCUUGCCUUCCUCUUUCAACUGGGCCCACUUAAAUUCAGAUAUGCGGAUGCAAGGAGAAGUAAAGUAAAUUUGGAUGUGAACCCAUAUUCAUGGACAAAGACAGCUAACAUCAUAUUCAUAGAUCAACCUGCUGGUGCUGGAUUUUCAUAUGCUAAAACAUGGGAAUCAUCAAGGAGUAGUGAUUCUCUUGUGAUUACUAAUGUGUAUGCUUUUAUAAGACGGUGGCUCAUGGAUCAUCCGAAGUUUCUCAGCAAUCCAUUGUACAUUACGGGGAGUUCUUAUAUGGGAAUUAUCAUUCCAAAUGUCGUUUUAAAAAUAUACAAUGGUAAUGAACAAAGCAUUCAACCAAGAUUAAACAUCAAGGGUUUCUUGAUUGUGAACCCUCUUACGGAUAAAUUCAUAAAUUUCAAUACACGAGUUGAAUUUGCUUAUCGAGUUGGGCUUAUAGAAGAUGAACUCUACAAGCCAGCGAAAAAAAACUGUGGAGGUAAAUACGUAUACGUCGAUCCAAACAACACAUUGUGUUUGAAUAGUCUUCAGCCCUUGAAUGAGUGUCUAUCUCGAAUUAACGUAAAUAACAUCUUAGAUCCCCUUUGCGAUGCACAAGCUCCAAAAUCCAUCUGUCCAGAAUCCAUUUAUUCUUAUUCUAAUAUUUGGGCAAACACAAAAGAAGUCCGACAAGCUCUACACAUUCGUGAGGGUACAGUGGAUAAAUGGCAAUAUAGGAACACAAGCAUUCAUGCUUUAUUGGGGAAAAACGACACCGUAGUUUACUCCUACAAUAUCUUCAGCAGUGUAGCCUCCCAUAAGCAACUUACUACCAAAAACUGUUAUGCUUUGAUUAUCAAUGGUGAUCAUGACAUGACGUUUCCAUAUAUGGGCACGAAGCAAUGGAUCAAUAGUCUUAAUCUUAAAACUGAAACCACAUGGAAACCAUGGUUUGUUAGCAGUCAAGUUGCAGGGUAUCAGAAGACAUACUCAAAACACAAAUACUCUUUGAAAUAUGCGACUGUUAAGGGUGCGGGUCAUUCAGUGGCAUUGUACAAGCCGGAAGAAUCUAUGGUGCUUAUAGAAACAUGGCUUGCUUCUCAUUCCAAUUCUACAAAAUAAACUUUGCUAGCUAGGCUCUUUAAAUAAUUAACAACGUUUAGUUUGUUAUUUAUUUAUUGGACUUUUUAUGUAUCAUGCAUUGUUUCACUCUCUCUAUGUAUAAUGUAUCAUAGUUGUUGGCUGACAUUUCAAGACAUGAAAAUCAAUAAAAUAUGAUUUAAACUUUGGAAUA